ACUGGUUUUAGUCGUUUCUCCAACGGCAAAAAGUAUACUAAGUAGCAGUAAUCUGUACUCACAAUGUUGAAGAGAAAACCAUCCAAUGUAUCAGAGAAGGAGAAACAUCAGAAACCAAAGCGCAGCAGCAGUUUUGGGAAUUUUGAUCGUUUCCGGAAUAAUUCCAUUUCAAAGCCAGAUGAUUCAACCGAGGUACAUGGAGGGAAACCCAUAAAUGAAAAUGGAGAACAAAACAAAAAUUCAAAUAAUGCAGGAACUCUGGGUAAAAAAAUGAGAGCUAUUUCAUGGACAAUGAAGAAGAAAGUGGGGAAAAAGUACAUCAAAGCCCUUUCUGAGGAAAAGGAUGGGGAAGAUGGAGAGAAUGCCCCGCCAUGUCGGAACAGUGACCCCACGAUUGGGAUCCACACGGAGAAGGUCUCGCUCAGAGCCAGUGACUCCGAGGACAGUCUCUACAGUGGACAGAGCUCAUCAAGUGGCAUAACAAGUUGCUCUGAUGGCACAAGUAACAGGGACAGUUUUCGCUUAGAUGACGACAGCCCCUAUGCAGGACCGUUCUGCGGCCGGGCCAGAGUACACACAGAUUUCACUCCCAGUCCCUAUGACACAGACUCUCUCAAAAUCAAGAAAGGGGACAUCAUAGACAUUAUCUGCAAAACACCAAUGGGAAUAUGGACGGGAAUGUUGAACAAUAAAGUGGGAAACUUCAAGUUUAUUUAUGUGGAUGUCAUCUCAGAAGAGGAAGCAGCCCCUAAGAAAAUAAAGGCACGCCGAGCGGGUACGAAAGAAGAACCUGAGACUCUUCAGGAGUUCUUAGAGAAGAUUCACCUUCAGGAAUAUACCUCUACCCUUUUGCUUAAUGGAUAUGAGACUCUAGAAGAUUUAAAGGAUAUACAAGAGUGUCAUCUCAUUGAAUUAAACAUUGUAAACCCAGAAGACAGAAUGAGGUUACUAUCAGCUGCUGAAAACCUCGUCGAUGAAGAAAAUAUUGAAGAAGAAGAAGAAGAAAAUGAAUCUGCACCUCUAUCCUUAAGCCCAGGCAUAUCGUUAAAUAAGUCACAGUUAGAUAACUGCCCAAGGGACUCCGGUUGUUAUAUCUCAUCAGGAAAUUCAGAUAAUGGCAAAGAGGAUCUGGAGUCUGAAAAUCUGCCAGACAUGGUACAGAAGAUGACUAUCACAGAGUCAAGCGACUGAACACACACUCUCCACUCUGUAUCUCCAGAUGUGUUCUAGGUCUUCUUGUGCCAGCCAAUCAUCUGGAAAAGGAAAAGAGACAUUUGUAAAUACAACCCCAAGUUAAAAUGUUUUAAUCUGAAUUACUGUACAUAAAAUGUCACAUCUCAAACUUUCCCAGUAAGUAUAUAUAAAAUGUAUAUUUAUUUUAAAUACUAUGUUAAUAUUUCACUUACCUCUGUUAAAAAAAUUAACUAUGUAAGACUUUGCUAUGAAUGAGAUUUUCCUUGUUUGGCUUUCUUUCACAAGUUAAUGAAGAACUAUGAGGGAGAAAACUAUUUUUCCUACCUUCCGGGACUGACUUUGUGUAUCUUCUUAAAUGAAUGGUAAUAAAAGUUUUUUUUUUUUUCUUUUUUCUUUUUUGAGACGGGGUCUCA